CAUUGUAUCCUCUGUCAACGUCGUGCCUGCCCAUAAUUCUUCUGCUUAAACCCCAAGUCUUCCGGCUGAGGAAAUAUUCUGGCCUGCAAAGUUCGCAUUUCAUUCCGGAAGAACGUCGAGCUUGAGAGACAGCAUGGCACCCGCUGUCAAGUCUGAGGUCGUCUUCGACCAUUGCCAUAAGGCAACGGUCCUCGGCAACAGUAUAUCCAUACAUAUGCUUGACUUCUUGAGCACUGUCAAAAGCCCUCCAUUUGGCUUCGACGAGCUUGCCCACGACUUCCUAGAGGUAUGCCGAAUCAUGUGGUCUCUGGAGGCUGGUCUCAGUGAAAUGGGCAAGACACACCAGAGUCUUCCUGCAGAAAUGCUUCUGGAGAUGGACAAGAAAUUCAAGACAACACACGGAGAUUUUCAAGUUCUCGACCAGUGGAUUACCAGAUUUAUCGAAUAUGAGCGAAAAGGAACAGUGGGAAAGAUACAGAGAGGAUGGCGCAAGAUGUUUGUCGACACAGGCGUCGAUAAGAUGAGGGAAUCGCUAGCGAACACCAAGGAGGCCCUAAGGAUGAGCGCGCUGGUGUUCCAGUGGUCAUUGGGAGAUUCAAAGAUUGACGAGACUGUCGGAAUUGGCUACACUGGUCUCGCUGCUGCCUUAGAUCGCAUGGAUCGUGGCAAGUCAGUGACAAACAUCACCAAGCUCAAAUCUAUUGAACCUCACAUGACUACUCACUCAGUGGACGAGAUGUCUACCAUCGGAUCUAUUCCUCGCUCGCUUGCACCUUCCCUACCGCAUUCACAUUCUCUGCCUCCUGUCCUGGAGCUGACCAGAGGGGGCUCUACAACGGAUCUCUCUCCAUUCCCCGGCCGAGAAGAUGCAAUGAGCGCUCGAUCGAUCCCCGAGCUCAAUUUCCCCUCUCUGGUUCGCCGUACUUCCAUAUCUGAGCAGACAGUCUCGUCACGGGGUGCUAGAGAGCGCAUGCUAUCUGGAACAGAAACUCUCGCUACCCACACGUCUGGCCACUCACACCGUGGACGACUUGAAGAAAGAUUGUCCGACCGCACCGAGCGAACCGCUGGAGAAUCGACAAUGAUCAGUAGCGAUGAUGAGUAUGAUCAAGGACCAAUCAAGGUCGUCCGCGUCAAGGCGGAUCCUUUCACUAUGCCUCGCUGGUCACCCAGAAACACCGUAGGCUCGAGCACACCGGCACUUAGAGAAGCCCUUGUAUCUGCCGUCGAGACGAGAAAUAGCAAGAUGGUUGAACAAUUACUUGACAGGGGUGUUUCUCCUGACACCGGCGCUGACGUUCACGCACUCAACUUAGCUGUCCGUCUUCAUGAUGUCGAGUCUGUCCGUUUACUCCUUCUGUUUGGUGCAGAUCCUAACGCCCCGGACAAAAGCGGUGCCACUCCAUUGUUUUCAGCUGUCGAAGAUUCCUUCCUCGAUGGAGCGAGUAUGUUGCUGAAGUAUGGAGCUGAUCCUAAUCUGAGCGUGGUGUCUGACUUGGAAUCGCCCCUGGCUAUUUCUGUACUCGAGGACAAGUUCAGUUUUACGCGUCUCCUACUUACAUAUGGCGGCGAUGCCAACCACGUCAUGACUGACGGCGAUACCGUCCUCAUCAAGGCUGUUUUCAAGAAGAGGCCAAAGAAGAUGAUUGAUCUGUUCCUAUCGUACGGCUCCGACGCCAACGGCAAGAACCGGGAAGGAAAGACAGCCAUGUUUGACGCAGUCCAGACAGGCCGAGCAGACAUUGUAACAAGCCUACUCGACCACGGUGCAAACCCCAAUCUGCCCGGGCCCAAGAUUGUGCUUUGGCCAUCGACGUACCAGCCCGCCUGUAUGAAGGUGCUCUUAGCUCGUGGUGCUGAUCCCAAGAAAGCUCCAGGUAUCAUGGAACUGGCAGCUUCGAUCAACAAUAUUGAGUCUGUGAAACUCCUUCUCAAGGCGGGCGUAGAUCCCAACGCGAAGAAGGACGGGAUUUUCACGCCCUUGUGCACAUCCAUCCGCGACAACCGAGCCGACAUUUUUACACUGCUCCUGGCUAAUGGUGCAGACCCAAACACGCCUGCUUCAGAAUAUCCCUGCUUCAAGUGUGUGACACACAACAGAAACCAUUUCUUAGAACCGCUAUCAAAGGCAGGAGGCGAUCUCAAUUCACCCAAGGGAAUUCUCGAAACCGCAGUCCAGCAUAACAACGUGGACGCUAUCAAUUGGUUGCUGGAUCAUGGCGUGCCCAUCAACGACAAGACACCCAAAACCCACGCCACACCACUCACAACUGCAAUUCGGGAGAACCGGCCCGAGCUGGUCGAUCUGCUCCUGACACGGGGCGCUGACCCGAAUAUCAGAGGCCAAGACUGGCCCGUAUGUAUGGCUGUACGUCAACCCGCGGUUCUCAAGCGCCUCCUCCCCGAGCUCGCCGAACCCCGCGCCUUCAAGGGAGUAAUGGAGAUGGCCGUGGUUGCCAAUCAGCUCGAGUCCAUCAAGCUGCUACUCCGCGCCGGAGUCAGUGUCGAGGAUCGUAACGGUGGUGUUUUCUCGCCGCUCACCACCGCUAUCCGUGAGGACCGCAAAGAAAUUGUCAAAUAUUUGCUUGAUGAGGCUGGUGCUGAUGUCAACGCUCCCGGCGAGCACUUGCCGAUUGUCAAGGCACUCAGGAGAUUGCACAGCGGCGAUACUGAGAUCCUCGAGAUGCUCCUAGCAAAGGGCGCGGACCCGAAUAAGGUUUACCGUGGCCACAAUGCCGUUAUUCAAGCACUGGAGAACGGCGAGACGGAUGUCCUGAAGCUACUAGUAGACAAGGCCGGCGUUGAUCUUGAGGCUCAGGAUGAGUCCGGCAAGACUGUGCUCGAGCUUGCUCACAGCCGUGGUGGUGAUGAGGCGAGUGAGAUAUUGUUGAGAGCGAAGAGGGCUACUCGGUAAUUUCAGAGUUGGUGUUUCGAUCAAUUUCGGUUGUGAUAUCCCAUGGUUCUUCUUUUCAGAACUUCCUUUCGUUGCAUUCUAGACCGCGGUAAUCGCCCUAUCCCCAUGUACGCUUAGUUGAUUUAUAUGAGUUCGAUGAAUUACGUCCUAAUGGUCUAAAACGUUCAAUUUUCAUAGUUUUAUAUUUUCAUCACCUCUGUUCCUUGAUGACCUUCUGACACCUUUCGCUGAUUUGGCCUAGUAUCAGUUCAUCAGAUACCAUUAGCCAGGGCCUAUACUUGCCGUACUUUCUAUACCGGUCUGCCGACCGUAUAUAUGGUAGAUACUACGCAACCAAGAGCUAUUCUUCAAGUUAUCUGGGAACAAGCCUUGUCUCGUGGUAAUUUAUGUAUCUUAUUAUCUAUUUUAUACUCUAGUAGGAGGUCUCACUGUUCAC